GUGAUAGUCUCCCUUUCCGUCCUACCUGCAGCCUCAAAAAUGUCACCCCAAGAAACCCCACCAAUAGUAUCCAUAAUCUCCGGCGGCAUCGCAGGCGGCGUAGAAGGCUUCCUAACCUACCCCUUCGAAUUCGCCAAAACCCUCGCCCAACUCGGCAAAGUCCCCAACCCUCCAAAUCAGACCUCCCAAACACAGAAAGAAAUCCCCAAAUCCAAACUGUCCCGAGAUCCCUACCGGAUAAUAUCCCAAAUCUACAGAAAUGAAGGCCUCCGCGCUUUAUACAAAGGCUGUGGCGUCCUGGUGAUAGGAAGCAUCGGCAAAGACGCCGUGCGCUUCCUCUCCUUCGACACCAUAAAGAACUCAUUCCGUUCGCCUACAGACGGAACACUCACACCAACCAGGAACAUGCUCGCUGGUAUGUCAGCAGGAAUCAUAGCAUCCAUCUUCGCCGUGACGCCCACAGAGCGUGUGAAAACCGCUCUGAUAGACGAUGCACGUGCGGGGUCGACGAGAGCGUAUCAGGGGGCGAGACAUGCUGUGAGGUGUAUUGUGCAGGAGGAUGGGGUGAAGGGGUUGUAUAGAGGGUUUGUGGGGACGACGUUGAAGCAGGCGAGUAGUACGGGGUUGAGGAUGGGGAGUUAUAAUAUUGUGAAGGAUUGGGAGGUUAGGAGGGGGAUUGGGCAGGGGACGGUGGUUAAUUUUGGGAAUGGGGCGUUUGCGGGUGUGGUUACUACGGUAUUGAGUAUGCCGUUUGAUACUAUCAAGACGAGGAGUCAAAGUGCCAAAGUGACAACAACAAUGCAAGCUAUCACCGGAGUUUGGCACGAAAGCGGGAUCCGCGGGUAUUGGAAGGGUACUGUGAUGAGGUUGAGUAGGACUGUAUUUAGCGGAGGUAUUCUAUUUACGACUGCAGAGGCUGUUGCUAAGGUUUUGAACCCUCUGGUUGGGAGGUAAGCGAUAGAGCGGUAUUAGUGUUUACUAGGUAUGAGGGCUCAGUGGAUUGCUAUAUAUCUGAUGUUUGUAUGAUGGUACUUUAGACAUCUGUAUUACUAUAGACACAUCAUCGUGUUUAUUUA